AGUCUCAAUAUGAAGCUCCUUAUUGCGUUCGCCCUUGUGGGGCUUGUUGCUGGUGGUGUCAUAGAUGCUCCCGCCGACUCGGUGGUGGAGCUUGACUACCACAACAAGAUCGGAAUCCCACUUGCGGCACGCUUGAAGGCGGCCGAAGAGGCCUUGGACUUCGAUGGUGCCAGGAUUGUAGGUGGAAACCCUGCUGCUCUUGGACAGUACCCUUACAUCGGUGGCCUAGUCAUCGCCAUGUCCACCGGCGGCACCUCCGUCUGCGGCUCGUCCCUCCUCUCCAACACCCGCGGCAUCACCGCCGCCCACUGCUGGCGCACUCUCUUCUCCCAAGCCACCUCCUUCACCGUCGUCUACGGCACCACCCUGCUCUUCUCAGGCGGCACCAGGGUCACCACCACCGAUGUUGAGCUGCACGCCAACUACAACAUGCUCACGCUUGUUAAUGAUAUCGCUAUUAUCAGGCUUCCGUGGGUCACCUACACCAACGUCAUCCAGCCCAUCCCUAUCGCCACCGGCAACUCCGACUUCGCCGGCACCUUGGCCUGGGCUUCCGGCUGGGGCCUGACUAGCGAUGGUGGCUCUCUCACCACCGCCCAGUUCCUGUCGCACGCGCAAGUGCAGGUGAUCGCUAACUCCGUGUGCGCGGCCACGUACGGCACCGGCACCGUGCAGGCCACCACCAUCUGCAUCGCCACCACCGAAGGCCGCGGCACCUGCAGCGGAGACUCCGGCGGCCCCCUGGCUAACGCCGCCAACAACCUGCUGAUCGGUGUGACUUCCUUCGGCCACCGCGACGGUUGCCAGCGCGGCCACCCCGCCGGCUUCGCUCGCGUCACCGAAUUCGCCGCCUGGAUCCAGGCUCGUAUGUAAACUGUCCAUAGGCUACGACACCGCUUACCACCAGGCGAAGUACAUCCACCAGUGAUAUUAAAAGUUCAUGUCAACUGUAAUUGCGGGUGGAUUUGUGAAUAUAUUUUUUGUAAAUA